AUGGAAGUUUUGGUGAUCUCUAAAAAUACCAUCAAGCCAUCUAACCCAACCCCUUCCAACCUAAGACAUUUCCAACUUUCCUUUCUUGAUCAGAUCAACCAUCCAAGAAUUUUGCCUUUGAUUUUUUAUUACCCAUUAGGUUUUGAAGAUAAUUCAAGAGCCACAAACCUCAAAAGGUCUAACCAGCUCAAGAAAUCUCUUGCUGAUGUCUUAACCAAGUUCUAUCCACUAGCUGGUCGAGUCAAAGAAAACCUCUACAUUGAGUGCAAUGAUGAGGGUGUUCUUUACUUAGAAGCCCAAGUCAAUUGCCAACUCUCACAAAUCAUUGGACAACAACCCAUCAAUCCCCAUGUUGAGCUCAACAAGUUGCUUCCAUUUGAUCGACUCAACGAUGCCGGCGAUGUGCUCUUGGCAAUACAAGUCACAGUCUUCAAAUGUGGUGGGAUGGCCAUUGGGAUGUGUUUUUCUCACAAGAUUGCAGAUGGGUUGUCAACCAGUACCUUUGCCAACUCUUGGGCUAGUGCUGCUCGAGCGGGUCAUAGCAAUAUGGUAUGCCCUCGACUUGAUUCGGCCACAUAUUUCCCUUCUAGAGACAUGUCUUGUUAUAAUAUAAAGACCGGCAUGACAAAAGAAAAGAUGGUUUCAAAGAGGUUUCUAUUCAAUGCCUCUGCUAUCUCUACUCUCAAAGACAAGUAUGCAAAUGAAAUACAACCCACUAGGGUUGAGGCACUUUCGGCUUUCGUAUGGAGUAGAUUCGUUGUCACAACGAGUGAUCAAGUAGAGACACAGGCAGAGGCAGAUGUAGAGGCAGAGACGAGUAUUACGAAACUCUAUAUGUUGAUUCAUGGAUUGGACUUGCGCAUGAGAAUGAAUCCCCCUCUGCCAGAGUCUUAUUUUGGCAAUUUUAGUUGGGUUGUAAUGAUCAUGCCAUGCAUGGACAAGACUGUGGAAGAGGGUUAUGGGUUUGUGGCAAAAAUGAGGGAAGCAAUAAAGAAAACUAAAGACAGUGAUUAUGUGAAAAGAAUUCAAGAGGGUUUCGAGUGGCUUUUGGCAAUUUUAGUUGGGUUUUCUAUGAAAAGAAAGGGAGAUGAUAAAUCAAGUCAACAACCUCCAAGGGAAGAGGCAAUGAGAAAGAAAAUAGAGUUUGGCCACUUUAUCUUUUCUAGUUAUUGCAGGUUUCAACUAUAUGAAGUCGAUUUUGGGUGGGGGAGACCUAUAUGGGUAAGCCAAGCUACUCUUCCCUUAAAGAAUCGAGCGACUUUUAUGCCUACAAGAUCUGGUGAUGGUAUAGAAGUGUGGAUUAAUUUGACAGAUGUUGACAUGGCCAAAUUUGAGGCUGAUGAAGUUUUUCUCAAAUUUGUUUCCCAAGCCUCUGACCGAUGAUGACUUGGGUGCUAAAGUUCUAUUUUCUAUAGCAUGCUCAAGAAUCAUGUAUCUGGGUUAAAGAAGAAUGCGAUGU